CGAAUAUAUCGAAAUGGCAAGCCUUCGUAAUAUUAUGAGAAUAAACAAGGCAUCAACAGCUUUUUUCCUUUGUGACAUUCAGGAAAAAUUUAGACCUCAUAUUCAUCAAUUUCUAAGCGUAGUUUCGACCGCACAGAAAAUGAAUCCUGGAGCUCUCGGAAGUACGGUUCAAGAACUUGAUAUUUCUACUGCAGAAGUAGUUGGAAAGACCAAAUUUUCAAUGUACGAAGAAAGGGUUCAAAACAUACUAAAAACUAAGAAGAUAAAAUCAGUGACACAUGUAUGUGUGUUUCAAACAACAUUGGAUUUGUUGGAACAUGAUUAUGAUGUUCAUGUAUUAGCUGAUGGUGUUUCUUCGAUAAAUUAUCCAGAAAUCGAUAUUGCGUUGCAGCGUUUAAGACAAUCAGGAGCAUCAGUUACAACUUCAGAAUCAAUUUUGUUUCAACUCCUUGGUGACGCGACACAUGAAAAAUUUAAGCCAAUUUCUAAUUUGAUCAAGGAAUAUAAAGAAGCAACUUCUAACAAUAAAUUGUUAUAUAAAGCUACAUUGUAA